AUCCACCACUUUUGGUUUGGAAUUCAAAAGAGUUGCUCUUCGAAAUUUUUGGCCAUGAAAUUGCUGACAGUUUUGACUGGCCUCCUGGUUUUGCUCAUCGCCACGGAGAGUGCCAUGGCUUUCUUCGGCAUGGCCGGCAGAGGUUUUGGCAACCGCCGAGGUUUUGGCCGUCGAGGUUUUGGUGGCAAAGGCUUCGGCAGACGGGGCGGUGGUGGUGGCUUUAAGCCUUCAAUUGAACUCAACUUGGGAGGUGGUGGUGGUGAGGAGGAAAGUAGCUGAACAUUCCCAAACGAGGCUAAUUUGCCAGAAUAUAUUUAUAUUUUUUUAAAUUUGGAUAUUGGCCAAUAAAAUUAAUAAAAAAAAUAUUUAAAUAU